CUUUGGCCUCCCAAAGUUCUGGGAUUGCAGGUGUGAGCCGCCAUGUCUGGCCACAUUUAGUUUCUUUAUGUUUGUCUGUUUUCCUUCAUGCAUGCAGGUGGUUAAAAUGAAAUGGGAACGGUAAAUUGGCAGUAUGUAUCGUGGUUAACAGCAAGGGUGGAGGCUCAGGUAGGGGUUGAAUCUGAGCUGUAUGGGACCACUUCCUCCAUACCCAGUGAGGAGGUCAUCGUGGUGGACUGCAUAGCACGGGUGCCUUGAGGACAGAAUGAGUCAGCACACAUGCAGAGGGUUCAGAAUUGCCCUGGGCCUCAUCUCCACCGCCAGCUUUUGCCUCGUACUCGCAUCUGGCCAGAAGUCCUAAGAGGGUCCCAGCACCAGGGACCUUUGGGAAAACAGCCAGGGGACCAAAAGCCCAUGACUGAUAGUGGAGCUCCAGGCACCUCAGCCCCGCCCUUUUCUGUUGCCCUCUAAAGAGAACUGGGCUGGGGUUCUGCCUGUCUUGGCUGCAGCUGCUCCUGGAGACCUGGCAUGCCAAGGCCUUUGGCCUGCAUGUCCCUUUCCAGCACCUUCCCACAUCCAUGGAAGAAGGGAUCCAGGGUUCUCUGCAGCAGUCCUCAGGACCCAACACAAAACUUCAGGACGCUACAUAAGCCCCAGAUCCCCACUGGAGACCCCAGGGUGUGGUGGAGGAGAAUCUGACCAGUUCAUCAAAGCCUACAAGACAGGCAACAUGGACCAGGCGCUGUCCCUGUGGUUCCUCCUGGGCUGGAUCGGCGGAGACUCUUGCAACCUCAUCGGCUCCUUCCUUGCUGACCAGCUGCCCCUGCAGACCUACACGGCGGUAUAUUACGUCUUGGCAGACCUGGUGAUGCUGACGCUGUACUUUUACUACAAGUUCAGGAAACGCCCCUCUCUGUUGUCUGCCCCCAUCAACUCUGUGCUGUUGUUCCUCACGGGGACGGUGUGCGCCACACCGCUACUGAGCGCCACUGGGCCCAUGGCUGCCCCGAGGGAAACCUUCCGGGGGCGGGUGCUCCUGUCCCUGGAGCCAGGCAGCAAGCCCUUUACUCGGCAGGAAAUCAUUGGCUUCGUCAUCGGCUCGGUCUCCAGUGUGUUGUACCUGCUGUCCCGGCUGCCUCAGAUCCGCACCAACUUCCUCCGGAAGUCCACCCAGGGGAUCUCCUACUCACUGUUUGCGCUGGUGAUGCUGGGGAACACGCUGUACGGGCUGAGUGUGCUGCUCAAAAACCCGGAGGAGGGCCAGAGCAAGGGCAGCUACCUGCUGCACCACCUGCCCUGGCUUGUGGGCAGCCUGGGUGUACUGCUGCUCGACACCAUCAUCUCCAUCCAGUUCCUGGUGUACAGGCGCAGCACCCCUGCCUCAGAGCUCGAGCCCCUCCUCCUCCCCAGCUGACCAGAGCCAAGCUGAGCACAGGAGAACAGGGACCAUCGGAAGCCACACCAGGCAGGGAGAGGUGUGGACAGUGACGGUGCUGCAGCCCUGCGUCAGCCUCUGGAUCCUCCAAGGAUGGAACCACCCCCCUCAGAACACACCUUCAGGUAGACCCUGAAGCCUCGAGGCAGGGGCUGCAGCAGAGACCCAGGGCCUCUCGGGAGACCAGGCAGCUGCCCCUCCCGCCACCUACCUCAUUCUGCCUGCUCACCCAGGGGCCACAGCUGCCACCUGCUGGACUCAGGACUGUCCUGUCAACUCCAGACAACCGAGUAAACAGGCCGGACGCCUAGGUGGGUGGAUCACAAGGUCAGGAGUUCAAGAGCAGCCUGGCC